AUGAAUGGCAAGGCUCAAGAGCUCUCACAACUUCCCAAGCUGCCUCGAAUAGGAGCUGACAAAAUAUAUAAACUUUUGACCAUUGGACUGCCUGUGAUAUUUGUGAGUAUUGUUCUGGUAUUAUUUCUUACUGGUGUAAACUAUGCCAUUAGAAAAAAGAAGUUUGCAGAACUCCUUGAAGACUGGGAGCUUGAGUAUGGGCCUCAAAGGUUUAAAUACAGAGAGUUGUAUAUUGCCACAAAAGGGUUUAGGGAAAAGGAGCUUUUGGGAAAGGGUGGAUUUGGUAAGGUUUACAGAGGUAUAUUACCCACCUCAAAAAUUGAAAUUGCCGUGAAGAGGAUCUCACAUGACUCAAGGCAGGGGAUGAAGGAGUUUGUUGCAGAAAUUGUCAGCAAUGGCCGGCUUCGUCACAGAAAUUUAGUCCCACUCUUGGGCUACUGCAGAAGAAAGGGGGAGCUACUUUUGGUCUAUGAGCACAAGUACCUAUAUGGCCAGCCGGCUAUUACUCUUGAUUGGAGCCAGAGAGAUGUGAAGGCCAGUAAUGUAUUACUAGAUGGGGAAUGGAAUGGAAGACUGGGGGAUUUUGGGCUUGCAAGACUUUAUGACCACGGCGGAGACCCUCAAACUACUCAUAUAGCAGGAACACUUGGGUAUCUGGCUCCUGAACAUACAAGAUCAGGCCGCGCCACAACAAGCACUGAUGUGUUUGCUUUUGGGGUAUUUCUGCUUGAAGCUGCUUGUGGAAGAAGGCCAAUAGAGGCUCAGGGUUCAGACGUUUCAAUUUUGGUUGAUUGGGUUUUUUCUUGUUGGAAUAGAGGUAAUAUUCUUGUGGCAACAGAUCGAAAGUUGGGCACAGAAUUUAUAGCUGAGGAGAUGGAGUUGGUGUUGAAGCUUGGGCUGUUGUGCUCCCAUACAGAGCCAACAGCUAGGCCAAGGAUGCGCCAAGUUGUGCGGUAUUUGGAGGGUGAUCAUGCUCUUUUUCCAGAGUUGUCACUUGGUGCUUCUGCUACUGGCUUAGCAUUUUCUCACAAAGAAGGUUUUGAUGAUUUUGCAAAUGGCGGGGGAUACACAGAGUCAUUAUAUGUUCCAGAGGCGACACUCCUCUCCGGUGGUCGCUGA